AUGGAACCUCUGAUCUAUUUGACUUCCCUCCUCCUAAUCCUUUCUCUUUUCCUCCUCGUAACUAAGAGAUCCCCCAAAAAUCUCCCACCAGGUUCCAUGGGGCUACCCAUAAUAGGCCAGAGCCUUAGCUUUCUACAAGCAAUGAGAGCCAACAAGGGAGAACAAUGGCUCCAAGAAAGAAUAAAAAAGUAUGGUCCCAUUUCAAAACUUAAUCUCUUUGGGACCCCAACAGUUUUCCUCCAUGGACAAGCUGCAAACAAGUUCAUUUAUACUUGUGACGACAACACCCUCGUCAGCCGGCAACCGGUAUCGGUCCGGAGGAUUUGUGGCGAUCGGAAUAUUUUCGAGCUGACCGGCAAUGAUCACAAAUGCAUCCGGGCGGCGAUCGGAUCGUUUUUGAAGGUCGAAGUUUUGAAGAAGUAUGUGGGGAAGAUGGACAAAGAAAUAAGAAUGCACCUCCACAUGCACUGGCAUGGCAAAGAGGAGGUCAAGGUGAUGCCAAAGAUGAAGACCCUGACCUUCAACAUAAUUUGCUCGCUUAUACUUGGAAUUGAACAAGAGCCAAGAAGAGAUGUACUUGCAGAGCUGUUCCAAGAGAUGAUGGAAGGAAUGUUAUCGGUUCCGGUGAAUUUUCCGUUCACCCGAUUCAACAGGAGUCUUCGAGCAGCUGCUAAAACCAGAGCAAUAAUAAUGGAUCUCAUAGCUGAAAAGAGGAUGGCAUUGCAAGAAAAAAGGGCUUCUCCUUAG